CAGGCACCUUAUUGGGCAGCCCGCACAGAUUAGAGGCGUCAGGGGGUCCUCGGGGUCCUAAGCAGGGCACGUGCGAGAGGAAGUGGCGCUCUCUGUCCGCGCGGACCUGAUAGAAUCUUAGACGUGGAGUCAUGGGAGGCUUGGAGAAGAAGAAGUAUGAACGAGGCUCUGCCACCAACUACAUCACCCGAAACAAAGCCCGCAAGAAGCUGCAGCUGAGCCUGGCAGACUUCAGGCGACUGUGCAUCCUGAAGGGCAUUUAUCCCCAUGAACCCAAACAUAAGAAGAAAGUUAACAAGGGCUCCACAGCACCCCGAACUUUUUAUCUCAUUAAAGACAUCAAGUUUCUCCUCCAUGAACCCAUUGUUAACAAAUUUCGGGAAUACAAGGUGUUUGUUCGGAAGCUCCGGAAGGCCUAUGGGAAAAGCGAGUGGAACACUGUGGAGCGUCUGAAGGACAAUAAGCCUAACUACAAACUUGACCAUAUCAUCAAGGAGCGGUACCCUACAUUCAUCGAUGCUCUGCGGGACCUGGAUGACGCCCUGUCCAUGUGCUUCCUCUUUUCCACCUUCCCACGGACAGGCAAGUGCCAUGUGCAGACCAUCCACCUGUGCCGCCGGCUUACUGUGGAGUUUCUGCAUUACAUCAUUGCUGCCCGUGCCCUGAGAAAGGUCUUCCUGUCCAUCAAAGGCAUUUACUACCAGGCCGAGGUGCUGGGGCAGCCCAUUGUGUGGAUCACACCCUAUGCCUUCUCCCAUGAUCACCCGACAGAUGUGGACUACAGGGUCAUGGCCACUUUCACUGAGUUCUACACCACCUUACUGGGCUUUGUCAACUUCCGCCUCUACCAGUCGCUCAACCUCCACUAUCCACCAAAGCUCGAGAGUCAGGCCCAAACAGAAGUGAAGGCGAAGGAAGAUACCUAUGCAUUGGACUCUGAGAGCGCCAUGGAGAAACUGGCGGCUCUCAGUGCCAGCCUGGCCCGUGUGGUGGUUCCCGCAGCAGAGGAGGAAGCUGAGGCUGACGAGUUUCCUGCUGAUGGCGAAAUGGCAGUACAGGAAGAAAAUCGCAGGAAAGAGCUGUUGGCUCAAGAAAAACACAAGAAGCUCUUUGAAGGCCUAAAGUUCUUCCUGAACCGUGAGGUGCCCCGAGAGGCCCUGACCUUUAUCAUCAGAAGUUUCGGGGGGGACGUGUCCUGGGACAAAUCUUUGUGCAUUGGGGCCACCUAUGAUGUCACAGACCCCUGCAUUACCCACCAGAUUGUGGAUCGGCCUGGACAGCAAACCCCUGUCAUCGGCAGGUACUAUGUGCAGCCCCAGUGGGUAUUUGACUGUGUCAAUGCCCGGCUCCUCCUCCCUGUGGCAGAGUACUUUCCAGGGGUGCAGCUACCCCCGCACCUUUCACCCUUCGUGUCUGAGAAGGAAGGGGAUUAUAUUCCACCAGAGAAGCUGAAGCUGCUGGCUCUUCAGCGAGGAGAGGAUCCAGGAAACUUGAAAGAGUCAGAAGAUGAGGAGGAGGAGGAGGAGGAGGAGGAGGAGGAUGAAGAAAACGAAGAAGAUGACAAAGGUGAUGGUGAUGAAGAGGAGGAGAAAGUUGUAGAGGCUGAUUUGGGGAAGAAUGGAGAGGCCCACCUGGCAGCCCUGGAGGAACAGAGGAUGGAGGAAAAGAUGCCUGCUGUGUGUCCCCAGAAACCCAGAGUGAUGGCAGGCACUGUGAAGCUGGAAGACAAGCAACGGCUGGCUCAGGAGGAGGAGAGUGAGGCCAAGCGCCUGGCCAUCAUGAUGAUGAAGAAGCGGGAGAAGUAUCUUUACCAAAAGAUCAUGUUUGGCAAGAGGCGCAAAAUCCGAGAGGCCAACAAACUGGCACAGAAACGGAAAGCUCAUGAUGAGGCUCUGAGGUCUGAGAAGAAAGCAAAGAAGGCAAGACCUGUAUGAGGCUUGUGGCCCUCCUGGCAGCUGGACAUGGCAGAGACAGGCCAACGGACCUCAGUGUGGUGGCAGACCAGUCACAUUUGUUCUGGUCACCCCUUCUUCCCCUGGCCAGCCCUGGCACCGUCAUGCCCUCUGGGUGUGUGGGCUGUCCAGGGUCCUGUGGAUGGAGCUCCCUGCUGGUGGCUGAGCAGAGAGGCCUUCUGCAUUCUCAGGAGUCAGGCACCUGACAGACCUUCUCACUCUUCUACUUACAUUCACCCUGGCUUUCUGAGCCCUCACUCACACGACUGGACCCGUGGUUGUCAGGGUGCUGUGAUGGGGUGAGAGUGAGGAAGCUUUUGUUAUUAAAUGGCUGGACUUCUGCAGCAAUCUGAA